GAGGAAACCUGCGCUAUAAAAGUGCUACUCAUUACCAUGUGGUUUACGGACCAGGAUUAACCUGUAGACAUGGCCACGUUCUGUCUUCUCGCUUUCCUUGUUGCGGCAGCAUCCGCCGCCCCCUCAACAUUGGACAUUAACGCCUCCGGUUGCGGCGGAAACCUCGUCGGUUACAAGUACCCCGCCAAAUACAUUGUAGGGGGCGAAGAGGCUACGCCUAACGCUUACCCAUGGAUGGCUGCUAUGUACUAUCGCGGAUCCUUCCGAUGUGGCGGUUCCCUCAUCAGGGGAAACAACGGAAGGAGUUACAUCCUCACAGCAGCUCACUGCACAGUGAACACCAACGCCAAUCAGUGGGAAAUGCGUCUUGGUCGCCAUAACCUUGCCGCCUCUGAGUCCAGCACACAGCAGCACAUCAACGUAGACCAGGUCAUCAAUAACCCUUCCUACAGCUCCAGCACCUAUAACUGGGAUAUUUCCCUGUUGAGAUUGUCCAGCAACCCGACUGACACAGCAUACGUGAGGCCUGGGUGUUUCCCGAUUGGUGACAUUAGUUCUGGGGAGAAUUCCUUCGUCAUCGGCUGGGGCGCCCUCUCAGAGGGCGGUUCCUCACCAAGCAGGCUUCAGGUUGUAAAUAAGCCUAUCCUCAGCCACCAGACUUGCAGAGACCAACUUGGAUCCAACAGCUACUACGAGAGCAACAUGCUGUGUGCCGGUUUUGAUGCCGGCGGCUCCGAUGCCUGUCAGGGAGACAGCGGUGGUCCUUUGAUGGCGAUCCGUGGAGGGAGAGUCGAGAUCGUUGGUGUCGUAAGCUGGGGCUACGGUUGCGCCAGACCCGAGCGUCCAGGUGUGUAUUCCAACUCUGUCAAGUCAAAGUCCUGGGUGAACGGCAUCAUCAACAACUAGAACCCCACUAUUGUCAAAGAUCAUAAAAUAUCAACUUCCGUUAA